CAGGCGCUGUGCAUCAACCCGACGGGCCAGCUGCUUGCGACAGCCUCCAGCAAGGGCACCGUGGUGAGGCUGUUCGGCCUCCCCGCGCUCGACCUGCUCUACUCGUUCCGCCGCGGGACGAGCCCGUGCCGCGUCUUCGGCUUGCUCUUCUCGCGGGACUCGGCGCUGGUGUGCGCGUCUGCCUCCAGCGGCACCGUGCACGUGUUCCGGAACUCGGAGAAGGUGCUGGGCGCGCUGCCACUGGAGUCCCAGGACUCCACCGUGGGCGCGGCGCAGCGCGAGAUGGCCGGCAGGCCGGCGGCGGAGAGCGAGGACAACGAGGGCGGCGAGUUCGACGACUGGGACCUGGUGCCGGAGCAGCCGGACCGCCUGCUGGAGCGCAUGGUCAACGUGCCCUCGCACGGCGAGAGCGGCGGCCGCACGAGCAAGAGCACCCUGCAGAAGUUGACCGCCGUGUCCAGCUACACCGCGGAGCACACCGCCAGGUACGCCAAGUCCCUGCUGCAGAUGCUGCCCCAGGAGUGCCGGCAGCUGCUGCUGGACUCGCCGAGGGCCUUCGCGUGGGUCCACCUCCGCGACGGCGACGAGGAGCAGCCGCACGACCGCUGUCCGGCGAG